AUGCCUCCCGCCUCAACGCCGACAUCGGGGCCCUCACCCCCGAUAUCCAAGCGACGUAAAACACGCAAGGGCACCUUCUCGUGCUGGGAGUGCAAGCAUCGAAAGCGACGCUGCGAGUUCGAGCCCCUGAAGGGCUCUACUUGUCUUUAUUGCCAGUCGCGAGGCAUUCCCUGCAUCAGCCAGGAACAUGCCGAUCCACGAAGCCGCAGUAGCGCCUUUCAAAUAUCGGAGCGGAUUUGCCACGUUGAAUCCUUGGUCGACCAGUUGAUUCGGCAGCGUGACAGCUGUCAACCUCAGGUCCAGCCACCGGCUCAGGGUCGCGACCGAGCGAGUUCCCCCCGGCCGAAAGAAGCCUUGAUACCAUCGCCCUUUCAGCAGCUGUGCAAAUCCCUCGCGGCUGUACUGCCUCAUCCGAAUACGGCCGCGCUCAUUUUGACCAAGGGUCGAUUCUUCAGUCUUCCUUUCCAGGCUUGCCGGUCCCCAGUCCGAGAUCAAUCGGCUGUCUUCUCUGGUCUAGAACAGUCUGGAGAUGUUUCCAGGCUACCAUUGCCUACGUCCCAUCCGAUCCAAUAUGCUCAGAAACUCAUAGAGCUCGCCCUCGGCUUACAGCAGCUGGAUCUCACGUCAUUUCCACGCCCACAACUGCAGCUGCAGCUGCAGCUAAAUCAUUCCACUGGCCACUCUUCUCGACGUUAUCUCGAUCUAGCAGCUCGCCACGUAACGUCGCAAGACACACUCGUAGAUUCCCUUGAUGGUCUUGAUACUCUGUUACUGGAAGCCCGUUAUUACAUCAAUACCGGGGAGCUGCAGUCAGCUUGGCUGAUCUUUCGCCGUGCUCUGAACAUUGCCCAACUGAUCGGACUUCCUAGGAAAAGUGACGAAGCAGAGAGCCGCGCGGAAUCGCUCUGGAUUCAGCUCGUAUAUAAUGAUAGAUUUCUGUCGCUAAUGCUAGGUCUUUCAUGUGAGGUGAAAGACAUUGAGCUCCUGGAUAGGGAGACGUUGAAUAAAUACUCACCUCUUAGAAAGCUAUAUCGCAUCCAUGCUGUCAUCGCAGGUCGGAUAAUCGUCCGGAAUGUGCAUAUGCAGCAUUGCGAUCGGCUAUCUCAGAGCACAUACGAUCAUUAUGCAGUGACACGCGGCAUAGAUGAUGAACUAAGAAAGGAAACCCGAUCAGUGCCCAUAGAUUGCUGGAAAGUUCCCACACUAGAAAGUACGUUGUCAGAUACCGACAAGAUGGACAGAGUCUCUAUGCUCAUCACCCAAAUGCACCAAUAUUACCUCGUGAUCCUCCUUCACCAACCGUACUUGCUCCUGCAACUCAGGAAUCAUACAGAAUUCAGCCUUUCAGCAUUAACUUGUGUUCUACCAGAAUAUUCAUACAGCAUACAAGUGGUUGUCCCUGCAAGCCGUGAAGUACUGAGCCGCUGUCUCGAAUUCCGGAAUAUACGACCCAUCCUUUCUUAUCGUGGGCUUGAGCAUAAAGCUUUCAUCUCCGCAGUGACACUGCUCUUAUCUCAUAUCUUGGGACACCGAUCGGGAUCUGAGAACGUCUUGGAACAUCAACGCCCUCAAGACCUGGCCAUGAUACAACAGGCUAUUGACACCUUAGCCGAAGUCUGCACAUUGGAUAGCCCAAAUAGAGAUUCUGCAAUCAAGACAAGAAGUCGGUUAAGCAGACUCCUAAAUAUUGAGGCGGAGGCAGCCGAUGGCAUCAAUUACAUUGCAUGCAUUGAACGGGACAAUGUUGGCCCAGAUAAUGCUCUAUGUCAUACCUCCCAUCAGGGCCUGAGGUUUCCCAUUCCAUACUUCGGAGUCAUCUGCAUAAUUCCUGAGCCAGUCCCAGAUCUGCAAUUAAAUGGCCUACUUUCGGAAUCUGCACAGGCAAUAGGACCAGACACUGCGCAACUUGGGCCAUGCCUUGACUCACAAGGACUUCCUUCGACCGUUACAGAAUUGGACAUUGGUCGUGGCCUACAUUCCCAACUUGCCUUGUUGUCCGAUGUUCAAUCAGAGCUGCAGUCGCUGUUUGACUGGACAGGUGACCCGAACAUCCUCUACGAAGACUAG